UCAGUAUGCAAGCAAAAUGCAUCACUUACGGAAAUACGUAUAGUACAAGAAAAUGAUAUGUUCCGUCGUUCUCAUGCAGAAGUACUUGAUCAGUUUCUCAACAUCCUGCAGCAUUUGCCCAAUUUGAAAAGGCUGAGUAUUAUGGCAGAUUUCUACAGCAUUCGGGAAAAGCUACCUCUAUUUACCAAGCUUGAAGAGCUGUAUCUAGAUGUUGGACUAGAGGCAGAAGAAUUGAUUAGCUGUUGCAAGUUCAAUCCAAAUCUACGUGUUCUCCAUAUUUACAAUUCAAACAUUUACGGCAAUCUUCUCGAUAUUGCGAAGUAUUGCAAUACCUUGGAGGAGUUAUGGAUCCAAACAAAACCCAAUGCUGAGGAGUAUGGGCCAUGCGCAGAGCUUCCGAAAUUGAAAUCACUAAUUAUUUGUGGACCACAUGAAGCUGGAACCCUACAUCGACCAUUCCACGCCAUGGCUAAGCCGAUGGGUGAUUUCAAUCUUCACCAUUUAAGCAUUCGCAAUACUAUUAUCAACUUUAAAGAGACAACGAAAAUGUCACAAAUUAAGUCGCUCGUAAGCUUGUCUUGCACCUUCGCAGAUGCAUUGUGUGUGGAAAGAUUGACUUUACUGAAGAACUUAAAAGAAUUGAAUAUAUUGAUGAAAAACGAUAUUCAGAUUUCGAGAGAAUUGCUUAGCAUUAUUAGAGAUUGUACUAAGCUCGAAUUUCUUGCAACAGAACGAAGAAAUGUUAGUCAAAACUUUUUGGCUGAAGCUCAUGAAGUGCUGCGCCUUAUUCGAAAUCCUGAUCAAGAUCAGCCACUAAAAAUGCUAUUAAUUGGAUAUGGGAGAGUAAGUCCGGUUGACCGUAUCAACGAUGCUUAUUUACAAGUUUUGUAAGAGCUACAUGCUAAUGCCAUACAAAUGUAUAUCUGCAAUAUUUAUGCGACAACAAUACAGUUUUGAAUAAUCACGA